UCAUCUGAAACUCUCACCAAUCGAGGGGACAGAUCUCCACGUUGACUCAUUCUUUAUGAUGUUUCCCUCGAAAACUUCCCUUCCCGAUCACGUAACCCAGGUGCCCACCUCAGUGCUAGUGCCCAAACAGGCAGAAAAAAAAAAAACAAGAGAAAAAACUAGUUGUAGCUAACCAUCAAGUUUGUUGAGCCUUCGCGUUGCAAAACAACCUCUCAAUAUUUUCUCAUUCCUUCUAGGAACGCAGGAUUUCCUUCUCUGCUGCUCGUUCUCUCUCGGGCCGUGAUGCGACCCGGCUUGGGAUAGCGGGGCGAGGUCGGUUUUGGGCCCGAUGAGCGGUAAGGCAGAUGCUGCGGCGGCCGGAUCCGGCGGGGGAGUUCUCGACCCGUUGUUGGAUCGGAACACGGUGAGGAAGUUCUUCAUCAAGAGGAAGGACAGCGAUGCCGGGGACACAGGUCGAGCACUCGAAGAGCUCAGAAGCUCUCUCCACAACGAGCUCUGCACAUCGGAAGGCGCCAAGCGCCAACAGCAGCGGUUUUGCGGGCCGGUCGUGGCGAUGACCUUCAACUUCAUGGUUGCUGUGGGGAUCAUCCUCACAAAUAAAUCGGUGAUGGGGCAAAUCGGGUUCAACUUUCCGAUUUUCCUCACGCUGAUCCACUACUGCACCGCCUGGGUUCUGAUGGCGAUUUUCAAGGCGCUGUCGCUGCUGCCGGUCUCGCCUCCGUCCAAAACCACUCCUUUCUCCUCCCUUUUCGCGUUGGGUGCUGUCAUGUCCUUUGCCACUGGCCUCGCCAACGCCAGCCUGAAGCACAACAGCGUUGGAUUCUACCAAAUGGCUAAGAUAGCGGUCACUCCGACCAUUGUACUGGCCGAAUUCAUUCUUUUCAAGAAGAGGAUUUCCUUGGAAAAGGUUUUGGCUUUGGUAGUCGUUUCGCUCGGUGUGGCUGUUGCCACUGUGACAGAUCUGGAGUUCAAUUUGUACGGCUUCUGCAUCGCGGUCAUUUGGAUAAUCCCCAGCGCUAUAAAUAAGAUCCUCUGGUCUAACCUGCAGCAGCAAAGCAAUUGGACUGCCUUAGCGUUGAUGUGGAAGACGACCCCUAUCACCAUCUUUUUCCUGUUGCCGCUGAUGCCAUUGCUGGACCCUCCAGGAGUGCUAUCUUUCAACUGGGACUUGCGAAACUCGAGUGCAAUCUUGAUCUCCGCUCUGUUAGGCUUUCUCCUGCAAUGGUCCGGCGCGUUGGCUUUGGGCGCGACUUCGGCCACUUCCCAUGUCGUUCUAGGACAGUUCAAGACGUGCGUGAUCCUCCUCGGAGGCUACGUUUUCUUCCACUCCGAUCCGGGGUCGGCGAGCAUCUGCGGCGCAGUGACGGCGCUUUGUGGGAUGUCGGUCUACACGUCUCUUAAUCUGAAGGAACCCGUGGAGAAAUCGAAGAAGCGUCCGCCGAAGCAGGCAUUGCCUGUAUCAACCAAGUCGCUCGGUGAACAAGCCUCGGAGCCCGAUGUACAUAACCCUGCAAAUAUUGCCUGAAAAUGUCCAUUAGAUUUAGUGCAUUUUCCUUUUCAAGGUGUCUAUUAUGGCUUAUUCCCCCUCACUUUUUGGGGAUCUAGAGAUUAUCUUGUUUAGCUUUUGAUUCAAGUUGUUUUUGAGAGCUUAGGAUUUGACAAUAUUCGAGAAUACCACUAAUUAUAGGAUAGUUCUUUCUACACUUAUUUUAAUGGAAAAGUCAAGCAUGCGCCUUCUCUAUCCUAA